GGUCGUCUCAAGAUGGCGGCGGCCGGGGCGGAGGAGCGCGUGCGGGCCUGGGCGGCGGGGCAGGCGGCGCGCGGCCGGCGCGUGGCGCUGGUGACGUCAGGGGGGACCCAGGUGCCGCUGGAGACGCGCGCAGUGCGGUUCCUGGAGAACUUCAGCAGCGGGAGGCGCGGAGCCGCCUCUGCGGAGCGCCUGGCGGCGGCGGGGUACGCGGUCUGCUUCCUGCACAGAGCCCGAUCCGCCUUCCCCUGGGCACGGGUCCUGCCCCCCGCCGGGCCCGCGCUGCUCGAUGUGUUCCGACUCAAUCCCGGCCCCCCCGCCGCCGUCACCGCCGAUCCCGCCGCUCUCCCCGCACUCCUGCCCGCACUCCGGCAGUACCGGCGCGCUGUGGAGGAGGGGUUGUUGCUCUCCAUCGAGUUCACCGGGCUGGAGGAGUAUCUGGAGCUGCUGAAGGCUGCUGCCCGCGCGUUGGCGCCUUUAGGUUCUAGUGUCAUGUUUUACCUGGCUGCUGCUGUCUCAGAUUUCUACAUCCCUGCCUCCGAGAUGCCUGAGCACAAGAUCCAGUCCUCAGAGGGACCCCUGCAGAUCACCAUGAGGAUGGUGCCCAAAAUGCUUUCUCCUCUGGUCAAAGAGUGGGCCCCGGAGGCCUUUGUCAUUUCCUUCAAACUGGAAACAGAUCCCUUGAUCCUGAUGGAUAAAUCCCGGCAGGCACUGGAGAAAUACAGGCACCAGGUGGUGGUGGCAAAUGUCCUGGAGUCCAGGAGAACCUCUGUCAUCAUUGUCACCAGAGACUCACAGACUCCCUUAGCACUUUCUGAAGAGGAAAUAGCUCAAGGCAUGGAAAUAGAGGAAAAAAUAGUGAGUUACCUUCAGGGCCUGCAUGCUGCCUUUAUAGAGAAGAAAUUCUGAGGAGCAGCUGGGAAUGGAACAAGUGGAAUUGUCCUAGAGAAGGGGGAAGUGGAACUGGAAGAGAUUCUCCAUCCCAGGUAACUCAGUGAGAAGCUGUGGGACAGGGCUGCCCUCCUGGGACAAACAUUUCCCCAGCUCAGCAAUGAGUUCUGCUUCUUGCCUUGAAAAAAAGAGAAAAUACAACAAAAUGAAACUAUUCCAAAGGAUGAUCCUUGUUCUGGUGGCUAAGGAAGCAAAGGAUACAUUGCUUUGUUUCUGUCCCAUGGGCUGGGAGUCCUGGGAGGUGGAGAAAUUAUCUGUCUGUAUAUAAAAGAUUUCCU